ACAAUAUAGAAAAAGGAAAAAGAAAACCACAAAGUCAAAUACACAAACACAGAAAUUCAUGUGUAGAGAAUAUCAAGAAUCUUGAAAAUUUUCAUUCUGUAUAAACAUUAAACUUUGGAAAUCCAAACAAAUAUUGUCGUUUAUGAGGGUCUGAAAGUAUAUAUUUUAAACUUUUUAUAACGAAUGAAUGGAUAAAUGAAUGAAUGUUGUCGAUCCGAUGACAAAGGCAACCGGCAGCAGUUCCAGUAGCCCCACAAGUACGCCGGAGAAUUCUGUAAAAGGUGAAAAGAAAAAGAAGUCUAUUAUUCCAAAGAUUUUUGGUUCAAAGCAAGAUAGCAGAGAGAAUUCAGAAGAGGAUAUUGCUCAAUCAGAUGGAAAUGAACAAGGGACAGAUAUGGAUUCAAAGACUACAUCGAGCAGGCAAGCAUUCCUCGAGGCCUCACACUCCACUACGAAAAGUUUCGGACAGCGACAUAGUAGCGCCGGAAUUGAAGGCCUAAAUCUGUCGAAUUUUGAUCAGCCGAUGUCACCAGCAACAAUAAUUCAAGAUAUUCGGGUUUUUGUGGCAACAUGGAAUGUUGGAGGGAAGAGUCCUAACCAUGGACUCAACCUUGAGGAUUUCUUGCAGGUGGAAGGCUCUUCAGACAUAUAUGUAUUGGGGUUCCAAGAGAUUGUUCCCUUAAGUGCUGGAAAUGUUUUGGUUUCAGAAGACAAUGAACCAGCAGCAAAAUGGCUAGCCCUAAUAAGCCAAGCACUCAACAAAACCUACCAUGAUUCAAUGCAUUCUUCUGAUUCAAGCCCUAAUUCAAAACACUCAAAACCAAACGACAUUUUUCAUAAGCAAUCUUUAAAAGCACUCAGCAAGAAACUUAGGGCAGACAAUGAUCUUCUUAAAGCCUGCAACUGUUCUUGGGACAAUCCAAUGUCAAAUAAAAGGAGGGCAAGAAAAUUUAGUGACCCUUGUGCUUCACCUUUUGCUCAUAGUGAUCCAAGUAUAGAUGAAUUCCUGUCAAUAGCAGAAAUUUCAUUGCCUAAAUGUUUGAAUUAUCAUCUUAUCGCAAGCAAGCAGAUGGUUGGAAUUUUUGUUUCCAUAUGGGCUCGAAACGAUUUAGUUAAAGAUAUUGGCCAUCUCAGGAUUUCUUCUAUGGGAAGAGGAAUCAUGGGCUAUCUUGGCAACAAGGGUUGUAUUUCAAUAAGCAUGACUUUGCACCAAACGAGCUUUUGCUUCGUAUGUAGUCACUUGGCUUCCGGUGAAAAGGAAGGAGAUGAGCUGAGAAGAAAUGCCGAUGUAGCUGAAAUCCUCAAGGGCACACAAUUCUCCAGAAUUUGCAUGAAUCCCAGUCGUGGAAUUCCCGAAAGAAUUAUUGAUCAUGACCGCAUGAUAUGGCUGGGGGACUUGAAUUAUAGAGUGGCUAGCAGCUAUGAAGAGACGAGGCUUCUAUUAGAGGAUAAUGAUUGGGACUCUCUUCUAGAGAAAGAUCAGGUUGGUGGCAAUUUAUUAAUUUGGUGUGAUAGAAUAUUAUGGAGAGGCAAUGGCAUUGAACAGUUGUCUUAUAUUCGAGGGGAGUCAAGGUUUUCCGAUCAUAGACCUGUAUGUGCAGUCUUCGCGGUGGAGGUGGAGAUGAAGAACAAAAAUGCUUCAAAAUUUAGGAAAGGUUUUUCAUGCGCAGGAGCAAGAAUGGAAUAUGAAGAUUGUAUUCCUCAAAGGCAUAGCUUUUCUGUUGGGAGUCUAAUGUAUGCUCGACUUUGUACACGUCCAGAUAUAGAAUUCAUUGUUCGAGUGCUAGGCACAUAUUUGAGCAAUUGUGGGAUGGAUCAUUGGAAGACAACUAAAAGGGUUAUAAGAUACUUAAAGAGAAUAAAUGAUUACAUGCUCACGUAUAGCAAAUCGAAUCAGUCAGAGAUCAUAAGUGCCAAGCAGACACUCAUAGCUUCUUCUACCAUGGUAGCAAAGUUUGUAUCAUGCUAUGAGGCAUCUAAUUAUGGAAUAUGGCUAAUAAAUUUUGUCACUGGGCUGUGCAUUCUAAAUGGCAUAAAAAGACUGCUAAAGUUAUAUUGUGACAAUAACUCAGUAGUUUUGUAUUCCAACGACAACAAGAGUUUAUCUAAGUCAAAACACAUUGACAUUAAGUUCCUGGUUGUGAAUGAAAGAGUACAAAAUGGACAGAUUUCUAUAGAGCACAAUGGGACAAACUCCAUGAUUACGGAUUCCCUUACUAAGGGACUGCCACCCAAGAUCUUUCAUGAGCAUACUGCUUGUAUGGGUGUUGUAUUUCUUGAGGAUACUAUAUUUUAG